AUGUCAACGCAUCCAGCAAAGCGCCCUUAUCGACUCUACCCAGCCUACUGCUUUCCUUAUUCACCGACGUACGAUGCCUGGGUGAGACUAGCCGCUGCCGAUGUGCAUACUUUAUGGUCAGAACCGGAUUACCAAAGUCAAAACAUCUACUUCUGUCUCAACUAUCCCGUACGAUAUGUGCGCGUUGUUGGCGUUGUCGUAGCUAUCGACGAAAUCACUCCCAAGUAUUCCGCCCUCACGCUGGAUGACGGGAGUGGCGCUACCAUCGAGCUCAAGAUUGUGAGACACGUUACGUAUCAGCAAAGCUCGGGAACUCUCUCCUCAACCACCACUAUCAGCAAUGUAAAUGUUAUCAGUCAGUUCGGCGCCUUCGAAAUAAAAGUCGAUAAUGUCAAUGUGGAGAUUGGCAUGAUCUUGAAAGCGAAGGGAUCCAUCUCAGAGUUCCGUGGAGCCAAGCAACUCGAACUGAGGAGAGUCCAGAUCGUCUCCUCGACCAACGGAGAGGCACAAGCAUGGACUGAGAAUGCAGCUUUCAAGGCCGAGGUGUUAUCUACCCCAUGGCGCGUUACUUCGGCCGAGCAUGGCGAGAUCAAAGCCAAGAUCAGGACGGAAAGGAAGAAGGCAAAAGAAUACGAAAGACGUGGGCGUGAGUACGAGAUUAAGAAGGCCGAGUAUGAGGCAGCACGAGCAGCCCACGACGCCAAAAAGGAGGCGAAGUACGAAGCUCGACGCCGUAGGGAAGAGGCAAUGAUGAACGCUGGAGCGCUCAUCUGA